GGGUGUGGUUACCGUGGUGACGGUGCGGCCUAGGCUGGAGGCGCCGGUCUUUUCCUGCAACUUGAGGAACCGGGGAGGGGUGUGAAGAGUGAAUCGCUGCGGCUCCCUCCCUCCGGGGCGGGUAUGUGGCUGGGCUCGGGCCCGAAGCAGCGCAAAUGGGGAACCUCUUCGGCCGGAAGAAGCGGUCCCGAGUGACCGAGCAGGACCGCGCCGUCCUGCAACUAAAGCAGCAACGUGACCAGUUGAAACAAUAUCAGAAGAAGAUUGCUAUUCAACUUGAAAAGGAGCGGGAAAUAGCACGACAGCUGCUUCGUGGUGGUAAAAAAGAUAAAGCCAAACUUCUGCUCAAGAAGAAACGGUAUCAGGAGCAACUUCUUGAUAAAACUGAAGUUCAGAUUGGCAAUCUUGAGAAAAUGGUUCAGGACAUUGAAUUUACUCAAAUAGAAAUGAAAGUUUUGGAAGGACUUAAAAUCGGAAACAGCUGUCUUCAGAAAAUGCACGAGAUUAUGUCUAUUGAAGAAGUAGAAAGAAUAAUGGAUGAGACCCAAGAAGCUGUUGAAUAUCAGAGGCAAAUUGAUGAUAUUUUGGCUGGGGGAAUAUCUCAAGAAGAUGAGGAUGCCAUUCUGGCUGAACUAGAUGCUAUAACUCAGGAAGAAAUUGAACUCCCAGAAGUUCCUGCAGAGCCACUGCCAAAUAUAUCUGCAAGAGAAAAAGGAAAAGAGCCAGUUAAAAACACACCAAAACAAGAGAUGGUGGCAGCAUCGUAACUGAAGUUUGGACUUUGGAUGACACUGACACAUGUGAUUUCCCUUCCGUAUGUUUUGUAGAGUUGAUCAUGAUUCACCACUCUUUCUGAGGGUUGAGAAAUUCAAACAUGCACUUCAGGAGGAUCUUUACUCUUUCCUGGCAUUGUUUACUUCGUAAAAAUGAAAUUUCAGCCUUGACUUUUUUUAAAUGUAUUUUUCACUUUUUAAAAAGUCAAAAGUGCAUUGCUGUAGAAUUCUAAAUCCAAUGAUAUUGAUAUUCCCUUGAAAAUCAUUCACAAUCCAGCUAAUUUACAAAUUUUCAAUCUGUGCUUAGUUGUAAAAUUUGAAAUGGUUUCCAGAUAAACUUGCACUGACCUAGUAAUACAGUAGUGUAUAAAUUUGGUAAAUUACAUUUUUAUCUGUAAACCAUUAAAUUUUCUUUGAAUGUUUUGAUAAGAACCUACGCAGGAUUCAAGAAAAUGUAAUUCAUAAAGGAAUGAAGUGUCCAGAAUUUGUAAUAAUUCCUGGAGAAGUAGCACAUUUGGCAUUGUGGUGGGAUAAUUAUUAUAAAUCCAUUCUGUUCUUUUAUUAAAUUCCCUGACAUGAAACAUUAAAAAUUGAAUUGUAUUUAAAAAGAAGCCUGCUGAAGAAUUUUAAUUUAUGGAGAAAAGAGCAGUAUUACGAAUUGUUUAUUAUAUCUGUAAUCUCCACGGAAGAAUUCAAAUGAACUCCUUAUGACGCUGUGCAUUGGAAUUCUCUAUGCAGUGCUCUGGCUGGGCAUCAUUGCUAAGCUUGUAAAUGGAUGGAAUUGAAAUAUCAGUGUCAAAAAUGGGACUUAGUAAGUUUAUCAGGUUUUCACUAUAGUUAUCAAAUCUAUUUAAAAUAAGUUUGGAACUACGGUGGAAUUCCACUGAGUACUUGUAAAACUCUUGCUAUGUGAUUGUGAAUUUGAAAUGGAAGUCUUGGACUUUGUAUUUAAAGACGAAAAUGAUUUUCGAGCUGCUAAUUAAACUUACAUUGUUCUGUUUUUAAUCAUGUUAUAAAUGUAUUCUGUUGCAGCUUGGUUCCUUAUCCACUAAACAGAAUAUCUUUGCUCUGCAAGGUUAAUAUAUUUCUUGAAUUGCACUUGUAUUGGUUCUCAUUUGGUCAUAUUAUUCUAGAAACUAAUUGUUUGUGAUGAUGAACUGUUCAAUUUAAAAAAACAACUUCUAGAAGCAAUGUGAAAUUGAGUCAUCUCGAAUGUACACAUGGUUUUCUCCUAAAAUCUUAAUGUGCACAACCAUAGUUUAUCAUGGUACAAUUAUCAGUUUUACGUACUGCCAGAUGGUGAGAGUGGAAUGAGGGGAUGUGCUGAAUAGAGGUCGAGCAUUUCAUCGUGGAAAAGAACGUGAGGGCAAAAUCACCACAAUUGCUGUCGAAGGCAGCUCAAGACUUGCAUUGAGCAAGGGCUUGGAUGUAGUUUGAGUCUGAUGCAUGCAGGGAGCGGGAACAAUUUUUUUUCUGAUAACUCAAAGACUCCAGUCAUGGCCAUGUCAGAAUUCCUUGUAUAUUUAUUUUAAUCAGUUGUAAUAAGUACAUAUUUUUUAAAGGGGUAUGUUGCUUUCAUACCAAAAAUAAAAAUUGAUGGCAACUUUCAAAUCUUGCAAAGAUCAUAGACUGACUGAAAUUCCUACCUAUAAGCACAUAACCUUAAUUGACAUUUGUGCAUGUAUCAAAUAUACUUUUAUUUGGAUACAUAAUAUGUGAAAAGAACAAUAUCAAAAUUUCUACCAAGAAUGAUUUAAUGCCUAUGGAAAUUGCCUUAUCUUGGUGUUAUAAUCUUUUCGGUACUAUGCUUUAAAACUUACACAUCCUUUUGAUCUCUGUAAUAAAUUUCUACAAACUGUAUUUGUUACAAUAUAGAAUAAAAAUAGUCACACUUUGA